GAGGUCAACCAACCUUUGGCUUGCUUGUUUUAACCUGGAAAUUAAAAUGUCUGGGCCACGUUCAAAAGAAAGCAAAGAAAUCGCACAUCGGCAUCUCUGGAACAGUCCUUCUCAGCGACGCCCCCGCCCCAAGGACGCGUCUGGGACUCCUCCCAGAGUGUUGACUGAAGAAAAGUCUCUGGGAGAGACCCCCACUUGCAGUCUUGCGCGCACAAGAUGACGCCGGCAGUGGCUUUGUCCGCGGCGUGGGCCCUGCUGCUGACGUCGUCGGCUUGGGCGUCCGCUGGCCCGUACGAGUCGGGCGCCCCGCGUGAGGAGUCGGAGGAGCGCCCGUACAAGCGCAGCCAGUGCAAAGCCAUCCCAGCCUCGCUGCAGCUGUGCCGGGACAUGGAGUACAGCGACAUGCGUCUGCCCAACCUGCUGGGCCACGAGAGCAUGAGCGAGGCGGUGCAGCAGGCGUCCUCGUGGAUCCCGCUGGUGCACAAGCGCUGCCACCCGGACACCCGCAAAUUCCUCUGCUCGCUCUUCGCGCCCGUCUGCUUGCCCGACCUGGACGAGGCCGUCCGGCCGUGCCGCUCGCUGUGCGAGGGCGUGGAGCGCGGCUGCGCGCCCGUCAUGGCCGCUUUCGGCUUCCCGUGGCCCCCCAUGCUCGACUGCCGCGCCUUCCCGGCCGACGACGGCGAGCACUUGUGCAUCCCGCCCACCGACGUCCGCAACGCCGUGCCUGACGCCGGAGAAGUGCCCAGAGUGUGUGACGCCUGCAAGGAAACCGAUGAAAAUGACAACGAGAUCGUGGACAGCUUGUGCAAAAACGAUUUUGCUCUGAAAAUCAAAGUGAAGGAGAUCUCGUACAUGGACGGCGACACACGGAUCGUGCCGGAGAACAAGAGCAAGACCAUCUACAAGUUGCACGGCGUCAGCGAGCGCGACUUGCGCAAGACGGCGCUGUGGCUCAAAGACGGGCUGCGCUGCGUCUGCGACGAGAUCAACGACAUCAACGCCGCCUACCUGGUGGUGGGACAGAGGAUGGACGACGGACGCCUGGUGGUCACCUCGCUCAAACGCUGGCAGAAGGGCCGCCGCGACUUCAAGAGGAUUUCGCGGAGUAUACGCAAGUUGCAGUGCUAAAAAAAAAAAAUUUGAAUUUCAAGGUUCCACUGCCAGUUAAGCUUGUACAACUUUCUGAAAGUUCACUUAAUGAAUAAAAUCACACUUAGCAAAUAUUUCCAUAAAUGAAAUGAUUGUUGGAAAAAAUGCAAAUGAUGUUUGUUAUUUUUGUACUCCUGAAUUUUUCUCAAGCCAAACAUGAGAGCUAGCUGGCUAUGUUCUCAGCUUUGUUAAUUUUAUUUUCAUACUUGUGCAUGACAGACAGAAACAAACAUUUUCAUUUCUUGACUCCAUUUUUCACAUUUGCUCUCCCAUGUUUAUUUUCUACUUUAUAAAUAAUGAUUUUGCUAAUAAUCACUUUGUUGUGUGCAUGUGCAAUAUUCGUUUUUUUCACCUUUGGUUUUGUAAAUAUUAAAAUUUGAUCUUGUAUUCACUUUUUUGGGACAAUCAAAUGGCAUUAACAUGUUAAGAUGCAGUUUUGUCUGGUUAUUUUUAAUGAUUUCAGCUUAAAUGAUUGAUUAACACAUUUAAGGUAUGCAAUAUUACGCACAAAUACACACUGUACACUCAGCCAACAUAACCAGGGACUUUUAUUAUUUGUUGAAUCAGUUUCAUUCUUAUAUAUGCUCAUUUUCCAACAGCUAUACAUUCAUCAUAUCUUCCAUACAUGACAUGUAUGAGUUCAUAUUUUGCCUCGCGCAUUCAAAUGAAAUGAAGAAAAGCUUUCACGGUUCCUUUUUGGGUGUUGCACCUUACGAAGGAAUGGCUUUGGGUUUGCUUUUUCGACGUUACAAAAACACGCACGAUAAUUUCUCGCUAUUCUUUAAUAAAUACAGUUGGAUAUAUUUUCAUAGAUACACGUUAAUAUUCAUAAGAAGUCAUUCUGUGCUCAAAGCCAAGCUGUGCUGUAAUCAUUGAUGAUUU